AUGAAGUCAUCACCAACUCAUUUCUUCUUUAAACAUAAUAGUAUGCUUCUAAGGCUUCUUAUAUUCAUACUAGGCAUUUGCUCAAUAAACAGAAGUAACCUCUGUUGUGACCAACUUUUUGUCACCCCUUCAAGCUUCUCAGUGAUUCAAUCAUCACUGAAACAGUUAACUAUUGAAGGGUGCUUUAGUUUCAAGAAUUUCGAUCAUGUCGCGAAGGAUUUCGGCAACAGAUAUCACUUCCUUCCAUCAGCUGUUCUGUAUCCGAAAUCGGUUUCAGACAUAUCAUCCACUUUAAAACAUAUUUUUGACAUGGGAACAACAACUGACCUAACUGUUGCUGCUAGAGGACAUGGUCACUCUCUAGAAGGACAAGCUCAAGCUUACCAGGGAGUAGUGAUCAGCAUGGAAUCGCUUCGAGCACCAGCGAUGCGUUUCCACCAUGCAGGGGAACUGCCUUUUGUUGAUGUCUCUGCUGGAGAGCUUUGGAUAAACAUCCUGCAUGAAAGUCUUAAACUUGAAUUAACACCAAAAUCUUGGACUGAUUAUCUUCACCUUACAGUUGGAGGUACUUUGUCGAAUGCCGGAAUCAGUGGGCAAGCAUUCAAACAUGGACCUCAGAUCAAUAAUGUCUACCAACUUGAAGUUGUCACUGGUAAAGGAGAGGUGAUUACUUGUUCAAAGGAGCAGAAUGCUGACCUGUUCUAUGGUGUACUAGGAGGACUAGGCCAGUUUGGUAUCAUCACAAGGGCUAGGAUUGCUCUUCAACCAGCACCUAAAAAGGUCAAGUGGAUCAGAGUGCUGUAUUCAGAUUUCUCAACAUUUUCCAAUGAUCAAGAACAGUUGAUAUCAUCCAAGGAUUCUUUCGACUAUGUAGAAGGAUUUGUCAUUAUCAAUAAAACAGGAUUGCUGAACAACUGGAGGUCUACUUUCAAUCCUAAAGAUCCACUUCUAGCCACAAAGUUCAGUUCAGAAGGAAAAGUUCUCUACUGCCUAGAAGUUGCCAAAUACUUCAAUCCAGAAGAGACACCUAAUACUGAUCAGAAUAUCGAUGUCCUCUUAUCUAAGUUGAGUUAUAUCAAAUCCACGCUUUUCCAAUCAGAAGUCUCCUACGUGGAGUUCCUUGACAGAGUCCACGUGUCUGAGAUGAAACUCCAAGAGAAGGGGUUAUGGGAUGUCCCUCAUCCAUGGCUAAACCUUUUAAUUCCAAAGAGCAGGAUUCAUGACUUUGCACAAGAAGUUUUUGGGAAGAUUCUUACUGACACUAGCCAUGGGCCUAUACUCAUUUACCCAGUCAACAAAUCAAAGUGGAUAAAAGGAACAUCAAUGGUUACACCUGAAGAAGAUGUCAUGUAUUUAAUAGCAUUUCUAUCUUCUGCCAUGCCAUCUUCAACAGGAAAGGAUGGACUAGAACAUAUUCUAAAUAAGAACAAGAAGAUACUGAACUUUUGCAAUAAAGCACACAUUGGAAUGAAACAGUAUUUGCCACACUACACAACACAGGAAGACUGGAAAGUUCACUUUGGCCCUCGAUGGGAAACAUUUGCUAGGAGGAAAUCCACUUAUGACCCUUUGUCUAUCUUAGCUCCUGGACACAGAAUUUUUGAAAGAGCAUCACUCCUUAAACAAUAUUAA